UUAGCCGUUUUGGCUUACAUAAAAGAAGAAAACAAUUUUUCAGAGAAUCUUUAGAGGAUUGGGAAUGGGUGAAUCUGCAGUUCUGUUUCAUUCAUAUUCGUUCGGAGCUCCUCCUCUUUCUCGUAAUGUAUCUCAUCAGGAUAAUACGAAUCGUGCGCUUAGCCAAUCAGUCUCCUUUGGGAGAUUCACGACAGAGAAUCUUGAAUGGGGAAAAUGGUCAAGUUUCUCGCACAACAAGUAUGUCGAUGAAGCAGAGAAAUACUCUCAGCCUGGAUCUGUUGCUCAGAAGAAAGCUUUCUUUGACGCUCAUUACAAGAAAAUUGCAGAAGCCAAGAAAGCAAAAGCUUCCUCAGAUGACGAUGACUCAAAGCAACCAGAAAGCGUUGCGGUGUUGCUGAACACUUUGGAGACAUUGACUAAAGAUCUGGUUAAGGAAGAAGAAGAGAGCUGUGAAAAUGAACUAGCUAGUGAAGAAGAGUUGUCGGUGUUGAGUAUUGAGAAAGAUGAUGAAGAAGAAGAACCGGAAAGACAACGUGCUGUUGUUGAAGUGCUUGAUGAAAUGGAACAGAAGGAGAAUCCCAGAGAGGAUAUAGAUGUGUUGAACGAGAGCUCUUGUGUUGGAGAAAAAGAAGAAGAGAGAAAAUCAGUAAUCAAGAACUCGUCGGUGUUUACAUCAGAAACUCAAGACAACGCAAUGGAGCUUGUUAUCAUACAGAAAACAAGUGAAAAUUCAAUCAAGAAGAAGGAAAAAUCAGUUCGUCCAAGAUUUAGUUUCUUGAAGCUUUUGAUGGGAAACACUAAAGCUCAAAGUCAAAACUCGAAGAGAAAGACUGAAAAGAAACCAACCAGACCGUUUCUAUGUCUUUGCUUCAACCCUGAGAUGGUCAGGGAAACAGAAGGGCCAACCAAAACACAGAGGAGGAAUCUCUGAGAACAAAGAUAGACUCUUCUCUAUUGGCCUUAAAGAUUUGUCCUCAGGAUUCAAGUAUGGUAAAAGAAAAUAGAAUCUUUGAGUGUACAGUAGCUAAAAUAUGUUUGUUUGUGUUGUUGUUGUUCAUUGAGAUGUGAUUGCAGGAUAUAAGUUUGAGAGUUGUUAAGA